AUGACAACAGAGACAAAGGAGCCUCCACAGCUCGAGAUCGUGCAGGCGACAGAGGGGCACCAUGAGUACCCGCCCGCCUCGGUCCGGGGCCAGUUGGCAGGCUGGCACGCCAACCGUGGCGACAGGUCGUUUGCGCGCGCCAUGAUCCCCACGUGGAAGGCCGGCACGACAGACGACGAGGUCAUCUACAACCCCUUCAGGCUGUUCGCCCGCAUGAAGGCCAUGGACUGGAUGUACUUCCUCUGUGGUUGGUGGGCGUGGACUUGUGAUGGAUACGACUUCUUCGCCGUGUCGGUCACACUCGUCGAGAUGACCAAGCAGUUUGGCGUCGAGAAGCACACCCUCACCACGUCCAUCACCCUCACUCUGCUGUUCCGUUCGGUCGGUGCCGUGAUCUUCGGUCUCCUGGCCGACCGUUAUGGCCGUCGCUGGACCCUUUGUGUGAACAUGCUCCUCAUUGCCCUGUUCGAGUUUGCGUCAGGCCUGUGCAACACGUACACCCAGUUCCUCGGUGUGCGCGCGUGUUUCGGUAUUGUGAUGGGCGGCGUUUGGGGCCAGGCGAUGGCGACGGCGCUUGAGAACGUUCCUGUCCAGGCUCGUGGUUUCUGCUCGGGCAUCCUCCAGCCUGGUUACUCGUUUGGCUACCUUCUCGCCGCCGUCAUCAACCUCACCGUCGUCCCUACCUCCAAGUACGGCUGGCGCUCGGUCUACUUCAUCGGCGCCGGCUUCUCCGUCACCUCGGCCAUCUUCCGCGCGCUCCUCCCCGAGUCGAAGCAGUACCGCGAGGCCCGUGAGAUUGCCCGUGCCGAAGGCCAGCAGAAGGGACAGGGCAAGCGUUUCCUCAAGGAGACGGUUGCCAUGCUCAAGGCCAACUGGAUCCGUGUUAUCUGGGGUAUUGUCGUCAUGAGCGCCUUCAACUUCCUCUCGCACGGCACCCAGGAUCUCUACCCCACAUACCUCCAGGUUUCCAAGGGUAUUUCUCCCAAGGCCGCCAACAUUUCUACCAUCAUCACCAACGUGUUCGCGAUUAUUGGUGGCGCCGUCGCCGGCUACCUCAGCCAGUACCUCGGCCGUCGUCUGUGUAUUAUCGUCUUCUGCGUCUGGUGCGCUGCGUUCAUUCCUCUCUGGAUCCUCCCCCACGACAUUGUCGGUCUUACUGCCGGCGGUAGCAUGAUCCUCUUCGGAAUGCAAGCUACGUUCGGUGUCGUUCCCAUCUACCUUGGUGAAGUCAGCCCGCCCGCCUUCCGCGCGUCUUUCGCCGGUAUCUGCUACCAGCUUGGCAACAUGGCCUCUUCCGCGGCUGCCCAGAUCGAGUCGACCGCAGGCGACAGGCUCAAGACGACACUCCCCAACGGCAAGGUGGUCCCCGACUACGCCACUGUCCAGGCCAUGCUCGUCGGCAUCGUCCUCUUCUUCCUCAUCUCCUGUGUUCUCCUUGGCCCCGAGGCCGACGGAUCCCACUUUGAGCAGGCCAAGACGGCCACGCAGGAGGGAGCAGGCGUCACCGAGACCCAGGACCUGGUCCACGGUCGUGGCCACGUCCGUCGCGAGUCGGUCGCCUACGACGAGAAGAACGUCACCGAGAAGGUCUAG